GAUUGGAAAUGGCGGAGAGCAGAGACCAAAGCGAUAACUCGGGCUGGCAAAAGCAAGUGCGCCGUCAUUGAAACGCAGAAACCUUUCGCAAGUGGUUCUCGGAGUUACUUACGGUUUGCUGCUGCCGACGGGACACAAGUCGCACGCGAGGUGAGCGGAUUUUCGGAGCGAGGUUUGGAUUUAGCGGAGCUACUUAGCUGGCUAAGCUAACCGUGCUAGCAACCUGGCGUUAGCUGGCUCCGAGUGGUGUGUGUGUGAUUUUAAGCACGCAGGCUUGUUUGUCAACAUAAGCUGACGUUAAAUUGAUAGCGAGCCAGCUAACAUACAACUCCCCCGGUCACCCAUCUUAACCUGAGUGUGUUUAUAACAUGGUGGCCACAGUUGAGCGCAGAUUUAUCUGUGCAAAGUGAGAGUGGAUAAAAAAGUCAGACAUCUGACCAUCCUGGUCGCCAGCAAGCUGCAAGUUAAGCUGGUCAGCCAAGUUAGCUAACUGGCUUGCUUUGCACACAGUCUAAACUGACUCUUUUGUUUGCCUGGGAAUUAAUCAGCCAGCGUGAAGCAAGGUCUCAGUGUUUGCAAGCUGAACGGACGGCUGAACAGUUGGAGGCCAACGGGCUUCUCCCUGCACCUGGGAUGGUGCUUUUUGACAGACCGGCUGUGGAGCCAUAACCCCACCGCCAUCACCAUUCCAUCCUCUUGACUGUAAGCCCUUGGCCCACCACUGAUCUCACGCCCAGGCUCCCCUCCUUCCUUCAGCUUUGCUCAGUCCCUGACAAGGCCACCACAGCCACCACAUGACUCACCGACUGGAGCCCUAGAUCAAGUCAGUUAAAGCUGAAAAUGAGUGCAGUAGGGGAAAGCCCUCUGGACCCUGCCACGCCAGAGUUACGCAAGAGGAAGGGCUCGCCAUGCGACACGUCAGGGCAAAGUGCGGAGAAGCGGAGACGGGAGCUGGAGUGCCGCUACAUCGAGGAGCUGGCGGAGCUGUUGUCAUCCAACAUGGGCGACAUUGCCAGUCUCAGCGUUAAGCCCGAAAAGUGCCACAUCCUCAAGAGCACUGUGGACCAAAUCCAGCAGAUCAAACGGCGUGAGCAGGCCCUCCUUUCUCCAGAUGAUGAGGUGCAGAAGAGCGACAUCUCCUCCAGUAGCCAGGGACUGGUGGAGAAAGAGGCGUUGGGGCCCAUGCUGCUAGAGGCGCUUGAUGGGUUUUUCUUCGUUGUCAACCGGGAGGGGCGCAUCGUCUUUGUUUCUGAGAACGUGACGAGUUACCUUGGAUACACCCAGGAGGAGCUCAUGGCCUCCAGCGUCUACAGCAUCCUCCACGUGGGAGACCACAACGAGUUUGUUCGUAAUCUGCUGCCUAAAAGCCUCGUAAAUGGUGUCCCGUGGCCGCAAGAAUCUGGGCGCAGGAACAGCCACGCCUUUAACUGUCGCAUGCUGAAGAGGCCACCAGACGAGGUGGAUUCGGAGAACCUGGAGGCCCGGCAGCAGUAUGAGAUCAUGCAGUGUUUCACCGUGUCCCAGCUACGGACCAUGCAGGAGGAGGGAGAUGACCUGCAGAGCUGCCUGAUAUGCAUUGCCUGCCGGAUGCCACGAACCCAGCCUGUCAGCACGGAGUCUUUUAUCACAAAGCAGGAUCCCACAGGUAAAACACACACGGGCGUAAGAAGAAUCACGGGAGGGGGGUUUUGAGAGGUUAGAGUCAUAGAAAUUGGAGGGAUACUUUAUAGAGGAAAUACAAAUCUCAUCUUCCACACGCAUGGUUCUCAAACU